GUUUAUAUUAUUUUUGUAUAAAAUAAAUAUCUGCAGUUUUUUAUUUGGCUAAUUACUCCUCCAUUCUUCCACAUGUCAGGCAUCAUAUACAAAAUAAAAUAAAAAUUUCGAGAAAAACGUAAAAAUUUUCAGUAUAACAAAAUUGAAACAAGAUUAAUUUCACCCAAACUUAAAAUUGGCCGUGCAAUAUUACAAAACAAACAAAACAAAAACUAUAAAUCUCUACAACACCAUUGUUAUAAACGUGAACUUAUUUUUUGCGUUAGUAAGAAGCAGUGCUAUCAGCUGUCCACAAUUUGUUGUAUUUACUAGAGGGAUAUUUAAUAAUGGUAUGCUAUCUAAAGAAUUGAACAAAAUAAUUUAAAUACUAGUGCAGUUAAAAGUGGUAUGAAAUUGGAUGACUUUCAUUGAAUUUAUUAAAAAAUUAAACCGACAAAAAAAGGAAAAUGUAUGACGAGGCUGGUCUUCAUCGCUUUGGCACGACUUUGCCAGAACUAGACGAAGAUUCCGUACCCUCAAAGAAACCAAUUCGUUUGGAAGAUCAAAUUGUGACAGACGAGAAUGGCAAACGUCGUUUCCAUGGGGCUUUUACCGGUGGGUUUAGCGCUGGCUACUGGAAUACUGUGGGCUCACAAGAAGGUUGGACGCCGGCGACAUUUAAAAGCUCUCGCAGCGAAAAAGCGGCACAACGUCUGCAACAACGCCCGGAUGAUUUUAUGGACGAUGAAGAUCGUGGUGAAUUUGGUAUUGCGCCCCAACGUCUACAAACACGAGCUGAAUAUUCGUCGUUUGAGCCAGAGUUAAGUCGUAAGCGUAAGUUGAUGGCAACACAUAGUGGACCAAUCCCAGGAAAACCUGUACUAGAACAACUGAUUGUUCCAAAUAAUAUCAAAAUUGGUGAGCGCAUUUUAAAAAGCAUGGGUUGGCGUCCAGGGCAAGGUAUUGGACCUAGACAAACCCGUAAAGAAAAGAAAUCAGCACGUAGUAGAAAUCAACGAGAAAUGUACGUUAUGCAGCAAUAUGGAUAUCAGCCAAAUGCAACCACAGCAAAGUCUCCAGAGCAUUCCGAUGAUGCUGGUGGCGAGACGGAAAGUUCAGAUGAAGAAACUGAUAAAAUUACAUUUGCACCAGAUGAUUACGAACCAUAUGUGUGUACAGCAAAAAAAGAUCGCUUUGGCUUGGGAUAUCGUGGCAGCUUGAGUCGGGAUCCUGUACUUUCCAACAUUCAAGGAGCAGUAUCAAGCAAUAAACACAUAAAUUUGUUUGAACCUGCUUUAGAAGCAGUAGGUAAAAAUAAUAAGAAAAUAUCAUUUAAAGGGCAAGCAUUUGGCGUAGGUGCAUUAGAAGACGAAGAUGAGGAUAUAUAUGCGAGAGAUGAUAUGUCUCGUUACGAUUUCUCAUUAGAGGACCGUAAGCAGCAAAAAAAGAAAGUCAUAAUUGAACAGGAUCAACUUGUGGUAGAUGGAUUUUCGGCAUCUAAGAAUCAGAUACGUUUAAAAAAACCCGAAAAUAUAUUAGUUCCAGCUAAUUUUACGCCACGUAAUUGGUCCGAACGAAAAAGUCGUUUCCAGCCCAUAGAUGCAAAAAGGGCUGAAGAGCUGGAAUCAUAUUUCAAAAAAGUUGAACAUGCAAAAAAUAGAUUAAAUCCUGAUGAACGCGCUGAAUUACUGAGUGAGGAGCGACAAAUCGACGAAAAGCCAACUACUAGUAUACACGCGCGAGAAGAGCAAACACACAACAAAAGUCAAAGCAAGACUAAUACUGACUCACAACCUGCUCUUCCAGAAACAAAGUCUACCCGUGUUGCAGGUGGUUACGACAAAAUGACUGACAAAGCAAGGUCCAUUUGGGGGUCUUUGGAACAGAACGAUCGCUUUACACGCGCUAGUGACAUUGAAAGAGAGAUUUCGUCCGUGAAUAGCAGUGAAUUUGCUGGAAUGGUUAAAGAAGCGUACAACAAAUCAAAAGUCGACUCCUUAACAAACAUGUUUAAGCCUUUCAUGCAUGAUGAACAAAAACAGCGGCGUUAUGAGGAAUUUCUUUUGGCUGAAGUGAAAACCGAGGAGGAGAUUACGUGUUUCUUGAACAAAAUACAGCCGGUGAAUUUGAACGAUUGGGAUCGAGAAAUGGAAAAGAAGGAGUUUAUACAGGCUAGCAAAAUAUUUAGACCCCUAGAUGGGCUAAUGUCACAACGUUUUGUCACGGAGUCUGGUAUUGCAGUAGAGCAAAAGUCAACCAAAGUAUCUGAAAACAUUGUUAGUAGCCCGAAAAAAAUAAAUAUCGAGCGUUCAAAAUCAAUGUGGAAACCUCACUCUUUACUAUGCAAAAGAUAUAAUAUUGCUGAACCUUACGGUGGACACAUGGAGGAAGAUAAGCGACCUGCCUCUUCUUCGAAAAUGUCCGUUUUCGAUUAUCUGGAAGAUUGCUUGCAUAAAAAGUCGGAUUUUAAGACGCCAGUCAUUGUGCCAAUGAAAAUACCCGAUAUAAAACCAAUACUAAAGCACACAAAGUGCGGAACGGCAAAGGAACAAACAAAUAACACAAAAUCUGCAACUUCGGUUUCGACUUGCACGGUUUCAACUAUGACCUCGUGCAGUCCAAGUUCCUCGUUUUCCGACACGUCUAUAGUUGUUGUAGAUCAAUUGAAAAGUGAACAUGCGAGUUCAAAACGUUCUAAAGAUGACGGCACGAAAGUUGGUCGCCCUACAGCCAAGACCGAUUUGGAAAAACUUUCUGCAGAAUCAAUUUCGAAACCAUCCUAUGAGAAGUUGGAGCUUUACAAAGCAAUUUUUGACGAUAGUAGUGACGAAGAAGGUGUUGAACAAUACGAAGUAACUGUAAUCAGCAGAGAAGGUGAAAAUACAGAUAGUUGCGCGCUAAAGAGAGCUGAACAAGUAAAUUUACUGCGAAAUACAUCGCCGCCACGUGGCAUCUUUAGCGCCUUGCUGUCUAAGAAAGCACGCGAAAAAACACCGGAAAAGACUGAUUGCAACUCUAUAGAAUCAAUUGACUUGGAGGAGAAAUCGUCGCCUUCCGUUAUGGUUUCGGGAAUGGCUCUGAUACCAGCCUCUGCGAAACCGGUUAAUAGCAACAAAAUUGAAUUUAAACGGCCUACAAGCAUAUCUUCCAAGACGUCAGUGAAUUCAGCCUCAACGGCGUCUACAAAGUUAUCAUUAAAUGACGCAUCAACAAUGCAUCAGUCUUCAAAAGGCGAAAACAAUUGCACAUUAAUGUCAACGGAAAUAAAGUCGAGAAGCGAACGUCUACAGGGUUCGGGCAACGCUUCCGUAACUACAGCUGUAACUUUCGAUCUGCCAAGCACUUCAUCGGAUGUGGUGACAGAUGCUUAUGGCCCACAGUUGCCACACCACGUGCGAACUCAAGCGACUAACAACGCUGUGAACCAAAUGAACAAGGUGGUUGAAGAAAAGAUGAUUCGGUUUCUAGUGCAGCGUGCCAAAAAUUCCAGACAACUUGAUAACGAAGGCUGGGUGGAGAAGAAAGUACGCAAGAUUUUGAAAACCUCAACACGAAGUUCAAGCAGCAGCAGUAGCAGCGAUGAGAAGGAUUCUAGCUAUAAAAGCGAACGCAAUGCGCACAAAAAGAAGAGUAAAAAGAGCAAAAGUCAUAAGAAAUCAAAGAAAAAAUCGAAAGAGAAACGACCGAAGAAAUCUAAGAAAAAGAAGGAUAAAUAAUAAGGUUAUAAUUUAUAUGUAUUGCUAGUUGUAUAUAUUUACGUAUAAUAUAUAAAAACUGAAAACUGUAAAUUCGCUGUUUAACAUAAACUAAGCUAUUGAAAUUAUAACACGAAGCGUCUUUCAAUAAAUUUUUUUUUGCAUUUAA